UCACUGCCAAGGUGGAAGUGGGUUCUACAUCCUCACACUUUGCUCUUUUCCUUCCCAGGGUGGCCUGAUCACUCACCCAUCCAUCCCUCCCUCUUUUCUCCCUCCCUCCAACACAUAUAUAUUGAAUAACUAUUAGUUAUUAAGCACUAGAUACACUGGUGACCAAAACAAAUAAGGAUGCAACCAUCCUGAGCCUCAUAAAUUAGUGGGCAAAAGAGACAUUAAAACAAAUAAUUGAGUGAGAGAAGACUAUAAGGAAGGUAUUUGAUCUAAUCUAGAGUGGAGGGUCAGGAAAGGCUUCUCUGGGGAUCUUUACACAUGAUUGGAAGGAUGCACCGUGGCUGCCCAGGCAGGUACCGGACACUGAAACUCCAAGCAGAGAUUGUGCCGUUCUGAAGUACAGAGUGACGACAGUGCAGCCGGGGUGCCGAGCAGGGGAGAGUGGCAGCAGAGGAGGCCGGUGAGGUGACCUGGAUCACGCAGGGUAUUAGGAUUUUAUUCUCUGUGUGAGGGGGGAGGCCACUGAAAUCAAUUUUGGGUUUUACAUUUUAAGUAGGGAAAGAUGAUCAGAUGGAUCUGCCUAGAUUCAAAGCCCAGUUGGGACUUACUGGGAAUGUCCUGUAGCCUCCUGGGCCUCAGUUCCGUCACCUGUAAAUUCAAGACUGAGAUACCUACCUCACAAGGAUGGCCUUGAGGGUUAAGUGAGAGAACAGAGGUGGGAACACAGAACUGUGCUCGGCACGUACGAGGUGCUCAGUAAGCAGGAGCUCUCUCAUUAUAGUUAACACUUCAAGUCCUUUCUCCAAAGUCCUUUCCCAUCAAGAUCUUCUAAUUAUUAUUUUAAAAUAAAGAUUUGUCUUGAUUUUCUUUAGCAGAAAAGGAGAGGUGUCCAUGGCGUUCUCUAGAGUUCCUCAAAAUGACUGGCUGUGAGCUAUGUGUUGCUGGUACAGAACAAAUUAAGGAGCUUGCUUCAGAACAUACAUCAGUGUGCUGCUUCCUUCAUUGAGAAAGUCUUGCUGUGCAAAAUUAAUUGGCUGCCUUCGACAGCGUACAGUGUAUAUUGAUGGAGUUGAUGCAUGUUUUGUUGCAAGUUCCUUAUUUCCUCACAGGGAAGAAUCGGGGCACACCCUGUGGAAAGACCUGUCGGGAAGACCGGGAUGACGAGUGGAUGGGGGUGAGCCUGGCCCGGCAGCCCAAGCCCGAUGGCCGAGUGUUGGCCUGUGCCCACCGCUGGAAGAACAUCUACUAUGAAACAGACCACAUCCUGCCCCAUGGCUUCUGCUAUAUCAUCCCAUCCAACCUCCAGGCCAAAGGCAGGACGCUGAUCCCUUGCUAUGAAGAGUAUAAGAAGAAGUACGGAGAGGAACAUGGCUCCUGCCAGGCUGGGAUAGCAGGCUUCUUCACCGAGGAGCUGGUGGUGAUGGGCGCCCCAGGGUCAUUUUAUUGGGCUGGGACGGUCAAAGUGCUGAACCUUACGGACAACACCUAUUUUAAACUGAAUGAUGACACGAUCAUGAGCAGGCGGUACACCUACCUGGGCUACGCAGUGACUGCUGGCCACUUCUCUCACCCGUCCACCACUGACGUGGUAGGAGGUGCCCCACAGGACGAAGGCAUCGGAAAGGUUUAUAUUUUUAGAGCGGACCGAAGAUCAGGCACCUUAAUUAAGAUUUUUCAGGCAUCAGGUAAAAAGAUGGGCUCUUACUUCGGCUCCUCCUUGUGCGCAGUUGACCUGAACGGGGACGGCCUCUCUGACCUGCUGGUGGGGGCCCCCAUGUUUUCUGAGAUCAGAGACGAGGGGCAGGUCACCGUCUACAUCAACAGAGGAAAUGGAGCCCUCGAGGAGCAGCUGGCCCUGACUGGGGAUAGCGCCUACAAUGCACACUUUGGGGAGAGCAUCGCCAGUCUAGGGGACCUUGACGACGAUGGGUUCCCAGAUGUGGCUGUUGGCGCACCCAAGGAGGAUGACUUCUCAGGGGCAGUCUACAUCUAUCAUGGCGACGCCAGCGGAAUAGUCCCCCAGUACUCAAUGAAAUUGUUUGGGCGGAAGAUAAAUCCAGUUCUACGGAUGUUUGGCCAGUCCAUAUCAGGAGGCAUUGAUAUGGAUGGAAAUGGCUAUCCUGAUGUCACUGUUGGAGCCUUCAUGUCGGACAGUGUGGUUCUUCUCAGAGCAAGACCCGUCAUUACGGUGGAUGUCUCCAUCUUCCUUCCAGGCUCCAUCAACAUCACGGCACCUCAGUGUCAUGAUGGACAGCAGCCUGUGAACUGCCUGAAUGUCACCGCCUGCUUCAGCUUCCACGGCAAACAUGUUCCAGGAGAAAUCGGCCUGAAUUACGUUCUGACGGCUGAUGUGGCCAAAAAGGAGAAGGGCCAGCUGCCCAGGGUCUACUUUGUGUUGCUGGGAGAGACGGCGGGUCAGGUCACAGAGAAGCUGCAGCUGACCCACAUGGAGGAGACGUGUCAUCACUACACGGCCCAUGUGAAGCGGAGGGUGCAGGACGUCAUCAGCCCGAUCGUGUUUGAAGCGGCCUACAGCCUCGGCGAGCAUGUGACUGGAGAGGAGGAGAGGGAGCUGCCAGCCCUGACACCAGUUCUCCGCUGGAAAAAGGGACAGAAGAUUGCCCAAAAGAAUCAGACUGUUUUUGAAAGGAAUUGCCGUUCAGACGAUUGUGCCGCUGACCUGCAGCUUCGGGGUAAACUGUUGCUCUCCAGUAUUGAUGAGAAAACCCCGUAUCUAGCUUUGGGGGCUGUGAAGAAUAUCUCCUUAAACAUCUCCAUCUCCAACCUCGGGGAUGAUGCCUAUGAUGCCAACGUGUCCUUCAAUGUUUCCCGGGAGCUCUUCUUCAUCAACAUGUGGCAGAAGGAGGAGAUGGGAAUUUCCUGUGAGCUGCUGGAAUUGGACUUCCUCAAAUGCAGCGUGGGAUUUCCUUUCAUGAGGUCAAAGUCGAAGUAUGAAUUCAGCAUGAUCUUUGAUACAAGCCACCUGUCUGGGGAAGAGGACGUUCUCAGUUUCAUUGUUACUGCUCAGAGUGGCAACGUGGAGCGCUCUGAAUCUCUGCAUGACAACAUGCUCAUUCUGACAGUGCCGUUGAUGCACGAAGUGGACACAUCCAUCACCGGAAUCACGUCUCCAACCUCCUUCGUGUACGGCGAGUCUGUGGAUGCAUCCAACUUCAUUCAGCUGGAUGACUUGGAGUGUCAUUUUCAGCCCAUCAAUGUCACCCUUCAGGUGUACAACACUGGCCCGAGCACCCUUCCUGGGUCAUCUGUCAGCAUCUCCUUCCCCAAUCGACUCUCGUCUGGUGGCGCAGAGAUGUUUCAUGUCCAGGAAAUGAUGGUGGGCCAAGAGAAGGGAAACUGCUCUUUCCAGAAAAACCCAACCCCCUGCAUCAUCCCUCAAGAACAAGAAAAUAUCUUCCACACAAUAUUUGCUUUCUUCACAAAGUCUGGAAGAAAAGUCUUGGACUGUGAAAAACCAGGAAUUUCUUGCCUGACGAUGCACUGUAACCUUAGUGCUCUUGCUAAAGAAGAAAGUCGUACUAUAGACAUUUACAUGCUGCUGAACACAGAAAUACUGAAGAAGGACAGUUCGUCUGUUAUCCAGUUCAUGGCCCGAGCCAAGGUGAAGGUGGAUCCCACCCUUAGGGUGGUGGAAAUAGCCAACGGGAACCCAGAAGAGAUGAUGGUGGUCUUCGAGGCCUUGCACAAUCUGGAGCCCCGAGGCUACGUCGUGGGGUGGAUCAUCGCCAUAAGUUUGCUGGUGGGAAUCCUCAUCUUCCUGCUGCUGGCUGUGCUGCUCUGGAAGAUGGGAUUCUUUCGCCGAAGGUACAAAGAAAUUAUCGAAGCUGAAAAGAACCGGAAAGAGAACGAAGACAGUUGGGACUUGGUCCAGAAAAACCAGUGAGCUGCCACACCGAUCACAUGACCCGAUCACUAGCCUGUCAUCCUUGAUCUUUGUAUCUUCCAUAUUUGGAAGAAAAAAAAUCUUCUCCAGAUUUUUCGGAGGCCCCACUGAUGCUGUUCUCUUCCUCAUUCUGUCGAGCCCAGGUGCCAGCCUGCGGCAGCCACUGAGGCCAGGUCACAUGACCAGAGCCACCACCACUUUCUUUGAAAGAUGAACUCUGAACUUUGGAAAGCAAGCUACAGAGCCGAGCAAUAUUUAUGGAUGCAACAUGCGUGGUCAACCCUCAGGGGAAAACUGUUACCUAAAAGUAUUUUUAUAAAUAUAAGCCUUUUAUACUGAUUAUGUCUUUAUAUUUGUAUCAAUGUUUUAUUAUUUCUAUUAAAUAGUUAUAUAAUUCAUUCAAGCACUGAUAUCUGGCCGAAAAUCUUGGAAGUACACGUACGUGACUUUACAAAUUUUAAAGGAUAAAAAUCUUAUUGUAUUUUGGAACUCGCUAUUAAAAAGACUUGCAGAUAAAAUAAGCUGAAGAAACCUCAUGUAAUGAAUCCACCAAGCUGGCAGUGGUGCAUAUAAACUGUGGAUUGUGGCAAGACCCCUAAGACAUUUCACAUCUUUAUUGCCCGGAGUCAAGUUUGGAGUCAUGCACUAAAGUGCGCUAAAGCACUGUAAGUGUUUUUGCAUAUGGACCUUUCAUUGGAAGAUUCCCAACAAGAACUUGGAUGGAAUGCAUGAUUGCUAGCAGCGAGUCUGCUCUGCGUCACCUUUAUACAGCAGACACCUCACCUCCUCCUGCUUGGGUUGACGGAUGAAAGCUUGGAACAGCGCCAGUCGGUCAUCUGCUAAACCUCAGAAUGACAUCUCAUCCUGGACCUCAUGCGUAGGAGUUCACACACCACAAGGACUAAAUCCGUGCCUCUCAGGCAGAGACUUGGGUCUGAAUGCUGGGAGGCAUUGCCUUCUCAUGGCGAUUUUAGUUCACAGGUUUCCAUUUUCCCCGCCACUCUGCUGUCCCAGCGCGUGGUAAUUGCAGAUUCUUCCCCAGAGAUGACCAUUCAACCUUCUUUUCAAAAAAGUAUCUUAGGUGGGGUUCCCAAGAAGCAGACCCUGAAAGAAGGAUUUGUGUGCAAGUAACUUAUGAAGGAAGUGCCCCUGGGGGAUACCAGUAAAGGACCAGGGAAGCAGGAUGGGGAAGGGGAGGAAGCCAGGCAAAGGUGCCAUGUCAGGGAAGGUUCCACGGAGCAGCUUCAGCCUGAUCAGGGGAGCUCUGGAGGGUAAGCUGGGCCUCAGAGUAGUCCCACCCUGAGGCAAGGGAGCCGGGCUUUCAUAUUCCUGCACCUGGGGGAGAUGUAAACAUUCUGCUCUCAGUUCCUGCUGGCAGAAUGGCCCCAGGAGCUCAGAGGUAGUCCUCUAAAGGAAAGCCACAGGUGCACCCCCAACCUGGGAGACACACAGAAAUGAUAUAAAGGGAUCUGAGCAGAGCGCUGAUGUCCUGCCACGUCCUGCAUGUGUGAAUGCUGACUUGCAGCCUUCCAUCCCCAAGCUCUCUGUUUGACAGUAGACAUGUUAUCAGAUGCACUGUGCUGCCCGGUUUUGAGUGCGGUGUGAUUUUCUAAAAGGGCAGUGAGAUGAUGGAUGUAGCAUGCUCAGCACUGCACCUGGCCCAUAGUGAUCACUCAGUAACUGUUCGCAGCCAUGGCUGCUGUGCCCACUGCUGCGUAACCAUCUAAUAAGCAGAAAACAUGGGGCUAAGAGCAGCAUCUAAUGAAGAGUCUGAACGGCUUAUCACAUGCAGCCUGCCAAAGCCGAGCUACAUACAGAUGGCAUCCAGUGGGAAUAAAACACUAUAUAAGACCAAGGAUCUAUCUUAUGGAUCUUUCUUAUGUGUACUGGAAGCUAACAUGUUGACAGUCUGUGAAUGUUGUUAAAGGACACAGAGCUCAGCUUUAGGGGAGACAGGUUUUCUGUACACAUACUUGGCUAAUACAAAUAUAUCUAAAGCUUUGGCAAGAUUAUGAGGGUGCUGCGCAGGUGCAAGCCUGGCAUGGAGUGUGUGUGUGUGUGUCUUUGGGUUUCUUAUUAUUAUGCAGCUGAUCCUGCUGCAGAAAGAUAGUAAGUCAGGCUUCCUUCCUGGGGAAUGUGGGAACAGACAGAAAAGCCAGAGGGCCAUGGGCAUGAACUGAGCUGGUCCUAGAAGUUGGGGUCGUUGCUUCUCACAGUGAACAGAGGCACAGGGGUACCUACAGGGCAGGAUCAGGCAAAGAAACCAGCUCUCACUCAGAGUCUGUUUAUGAGGUUUAUCGAAAGCAAUAAGAAAAGCAGCCUUGGGUGGGUUUCAGUCACUCAUUUACAGCCGUUUAUAGGAUGCCUGCCGUGUGUCGGGCAGUGUGCUAGGUGCUAGAGGUUCUCCGGAGAAUACCACAGGCACAUUUUGCCUUAGGCUGGCAAAGCCUCCUACAAUGGCAUGUACAAUGUGGAUUUUUAAAAAUGGAACCCCAUUUGCCACUUUC